GGAUAAUAAGCUUUUUUUAUUACGAUAUCCGCACCAAUCUGAUUUUCGCCAAGGCUUAAUAAAAGACUCUAUGCGAACUCAAAGACGUAAAAUAGUUAUUGAGGGACUUUUUAAAGCAAAUGCGCAUUCCCCUCUUUUUUUUGACAGGAUGAGGAAAAAAACCUUUUUUUCUCUACCAUACCUGGCUCAACUGAAACGGCUUUUUAGAAAAUGGUCAUCCAUAAAAGAGUUUGGGAUUUUAGAAUCUACAGAGGAAAAAAAAAUAAUAAUAAAAAGAGAAACCAAAAAGGAAAAAAAAACGACGAGAGGAAAUAGAACGGUUAGAGAUAGGGGAAGCCUGGGAGACUUUUCCAUAUACCCAAAUAAUAAGAGGUUUUUUAUUAAUAACCCAAUCAAUUCUCAGAAAAAAGAUUCUAUUACCUUCAUUCAUAAUCGGUAAAAAAUAUCGGGCGUAUGCUACUAUUUCAAACUCCUGAAUGGUCUGAAGAUUUAAAGGGAUGGAAUAGAGAAACGCAUGUGAAGUGUACUUAUAAUGGUAUUCCGUUAGCUGACAAAAAAUUUCCGGAAAAUUGGUUGACAGAAGGUAUUCAAAUCAAAAUUUUAUUUCCUUUCUGUCUCAAACCUUGGCACGAAUAUAAAUCGCUAAAUUCUCGUGAUGACUUUUGUUUUUUAACAGUUUGGGGGAAGGGAAACAGAACACCCUUUUGGUCAUCCACGACAAAAACCUUCGUUUUUUAAGCCUGUUUUUAAGGAACUUUACAAAUUUGUAAAAGUAAAAAUUAAAUUUUUAAAAAAGUUUUCAAAAAAAAACACAAGUUCAAAAGAAACAAGAACAAUACACCCGAGUGUAAUAAAAAAUGAAAAAGAUGAUCUAAUAAAUAACCAGAUAAUGAAUCAACCCUUGAGUAAAAUUGAAAAAAUUACAGAUUGGAAAAAAUUAUUCACCGAUAGACAAAAUGCAGGCUAUCACUCAUAGGGACAAGUACAAUUAAAAAAAAACUAGAAAGAAUUACGGAAGAUAAGAAAAGGGUCACUCUAGAACUUGAUAUGAACCCUUACAAAAAAAGUUCGAGAUUAGCCUUGUCAAAAAAUUUUUGUCAAAUGUUGAAAAAAAAAAAAAAAUAGAUUAAUAUAUAAAUUUAAUUAUUUUAUAAAAUUAUUUAUUCAAAGAAUAUCUAAUUGUAUUUUUUUUAUAUACUAUAUCUAUUUGGCCAAAUGACUCAAAAAGUCUUUGUGGAAUCAACAAAAAUGAACUCUCUUUCAAAUUCAAAUAUAAAAACGCAUAAUAAUAAGCUUUAUAAGGAAAAUUCAGAGAGUUUUGGUGAUUUAUCCAACUUGUACACAAGCAUAUGUAUUGUACAAAAUAUCAGAAAGGGGUUUUUUGAACGUACGUAAUUUCAUAUCUGUUCUUCAACAAAAUGGAACAUCUUUCUUGAUUAAAAAGAAAAUAAAAGACUCAUUUCAUACACAAGGAAUACUUCCAUCUGAAGGAAUAAAAAAACAACUUAAGCGGCCUAGAACGAGUCAAUGGAAAUUUUUGGUUAAAAGGGAAUUCUCACUACGAUUUAUCUCCUAAUUUCUGGUCUGCCUUAAGAUCACAAAAACAAAAAUGGAGAAAUAGGGCGAAUCGCUAUCGUAGGUCUAAACAAAAAUAUUUAGACAAAAGGACUUCCGGUAAAAAAUUAAAAUUAAAUACUUACAGGGAAACAAAAGGAUGCUAACUCAGUCUUGAAUAAAAAAACAAAAGAUAAUUAAAAAAAAUGCUAUCGAUAUGAUCUUUUAGCAUAUCAAUACAUUCAGUAUGAAAAAAAAUAGUGGAACCCCUCCAGGAGCUAAACGGGGAAGCAAUUUCUUAUCAUUACAAGAUGUCACAAAACAACUUGUUUGCGAUAACGAAAAAUAUUCCUAUCACUAGUUUCAGAGGAAAAAUAGAAAGGUUAAAUAUUCC